AUGGCGUGGGAUUCCAAGUCAACAACAGGCCGGCGACGAGGCAACAGCGUUGCCUCCAAUGCCUCACGCGGCCUUCGCCAAGGACCCAGACCGCCCACCCAGCCCAAGUCCGCUCACGUCGCCGAUCCUUUUCUCCACGACUUCCUCGGUCCAUCCUUCGACGCCGCAGCCUACCUCAACGCCAAACUGCCGCCUCUCCAGACUUCUGCGGGGUCUUCUUCUUCUUCUUCUUCUUCAUCGUUAUUAGCUUCGCGAUCUGCUGUUAACCAAGGCACCACAACCGCCGCAGCAGCCGUGCCACUAUCCGAAGUCUCGCUCCAGGCCCAAUCUGUGCUCUCACAGCUUAACGCGCACACCACCAGACUCACCAACACUCUCACCCAACUCACCGAUGACAUCCUCCGGAGUGGCAGCAGGCUAGCCUACGAGGUAGAGCUCCUGCGCGGCGAGACGCUUAGCUUGGCUGAGACUCUCACGGAGGGGUUGCAAGAGGACGUAGCCAAGUUCGUGCCUAGCGGAAUCUCCAUCCCGGAAGCACCCGCACCCACACCUGCACCGGCAACCACUCCCGCGUCAUCACAACAACAACAACAACAACAACAUCAACAACCACCACAGCCGGAAACACCUGCAGAAGUGUCGGCAGCAACAGCCGAAGAGGAAGAACCCCAAGAACCCCCACACAUAACCCAGCUCCGUACCUUGACGCUCGUUCGCUCCCGACUCGACUCGGUAAUCCAAACGUUCGGUUCCGCCAUCGACUUCGUCUUCCCGCCCUCGGAAAUUUCAGCCGUCUCUUCUUUCCUAUCCGUAUCCGCGCCCGCACCUCCUGACUCUUUUGUCUCUGGCUUCGGCGGCGACCCCGACUCGGUGGCCAGUACCGAAGAAAAGGGGCAAAAGGUGUUGCGCGCGCUUCGGGACGAGAUUUCUUCCCUUUUAGAGAGUAAUCAGGAUAAGAACAACGACGAUAAUGAUGCCAUCAAGGGGAUCGAGGAAGCCGCGAAGCGGGUAGGUGAGUUGAAGGAGCUAGUGAAAGUAUGGAAGGGCACGGCGGAGGAGCGGGGGAGGUUGAAGUUUGUGGAGGGGUUGGCGAGAAUGGUGGAGGAGAGGCAUGCAGCUCUGGUGAAGGAUUUGGAGAGCGGUGGUGCUGCGAGGAAAGGGGGGGAUGCGGUUGGUGGGAGGACGGAUGCUGAGGCGGCUUUGAGGAGGGUUGUUGGAGGAGAGGCGGAGCAGGCGUUAUCGCCAACAUCGUCACAGAUACAGACGGACAGUAAAGGGUUGAGUGGGUAUGGGCUGAUUAGUCAGUUGAAUAAGUUCAGGAAUGGGCUGUAAUAAGCCCCUUGGGAUGCCAAGGUUGAGGCGACAGUCAAGCAGGUCGCAGAACAGCACUUUGUGUAUAUAUCGUGUAGCUCUGUGUCAUGAGUAUUGUCAUGGUAGAGGACUUCUUAAUAUCAAAUACCGGGCACGAACCCCAGCCG